CAAUGGUACAGCCGGCAUCUUGCAGCACAAUGGUUGCAAGGUGUUUGUGAGCAUCAACAACCCUCUGGUUUGCUCUCCCCGCUUGUUUAGCACCGUCUAUAUGUAUAUAUAUGUUUAUUAAAUACAUUCAAAAAGAAGAAGAAGAGGUUUCCACCUGCCCUUUUGGGGAUCCUUUGGCCAUGAUCGCCGCACAGCUUCAGAUUGGGAUGUUUUGAACUGGACUGUCACCGGAUUGGGUUCGUCAUCAGCUGGCACGGAAUGGUAUUUAUGAGCAGACAUUUCUUAUACAACUGCAGCCAACCAAUCCUGGAUGUGAAGAUAGCAUUUUGUCAGGUGUGUGUCCCUUACAGGUAAAAAAAAAGGGUUUUGGAAAACAAGUGGAUGUGUCAUAUAUUGCCAAACAUUACAACAUGAGUAAAAGCAAAGUGGACAACCAGUUCUACAGCGUGGAAGUGGGAGACUCUACCUUCACAGUUCUAAAACGCUACCAGAAUUUAAAGCCCAUUGGUUCUGGAGCUCAGGGGAUUGUCUGUGCGGGCUAUGAUGCUGUCCUAGAUAGAAAUGUAGCCAUCAAGAAGCUGAGUAGACCCUUCCAGAACCAGACCCAUGCCAAGAGGGCGUACCGGGAGUUGGUGCUCAUGAAAUGUGUCAAUCACAAAAAUAUUAUCAGUUUAUUAAAUGUCUUCACACCACAGAAAUCAUUAGAGGACUUUCAAGAUGUGUACCUAGUAAUGGAGCUGAUGGAUGCCAACCUAUGCCAGGUGAUUCAGAUGGAACUCGACCACGAGAGAAUGUCCUACCUGCUCUACCAGAUGUUGUGUGGCAUCAAACAUCUGCAUUCAGCAGGCAUUAUUCACAGGGACCUGAAACCGAGCAAUAUAGUGGUGAAGUCAGACUGCACUCUGAAGAUCCUAGACUUCGGUCUAGCUAGGACCGCGGGCACUAGCUUCAUGAUGACCCCUUAUGUGGUGACAAGAUACUACAGAGCUCCCGAGGUUAUACUGGGCAUGGGAUACAAAGAGAACGUGGACAUAUGGUCGGUGGGGUGCAUUAUGGGAGAAAUGGUGCGCCACAAAAUCCUUUUCCCCGGGCGGGACUAUAUUGACCAAUGGAACAAGGUGAUCGAGCAGCUUGGCACGCCGGCGGCAGAGUUCAUGAAGAAGCUCCAACCCACCGUGAGAAACUACGUGGAGAACCGGCCAAAGUAUGCAGGUCUCACCUUUCCCAAACUCUUCCCGGACUGCCUUUUCCCCGCAGACUCCGAGCACAACAAACUGAAAGCAAGCCAAGCCAGAGACCUGCUGUCCAAAAUGCUGAUCAUUGACCCCGCCAAGCGGAUAUCGGUGGACGAGGCCUUACAGCACCCCUACAUCAAUGUGUGGUACGAUCCGGCCGAGGUGGAGGCGGCCAGAGAUCUCAUCCAAAUAUCCAUGCCUCCACCUCAGAUCUAUGACAAGCAACUCGAUGAGAGAGAACACUCCAUUGAUGAAUGGAAAGAGCUGAUCUACAAAGAGGUGAUGAAUUUUGAGGAGAGAACAAAGAAUGGCGUUGUGAAGGGACAACCUUCACCUUCAGGUGCAGCCGUGAACAGCAGCGAGAGCCUCCCUCCGUCCUCGUCCAUCAACGACAUCUCGUCCAUGUCCACCGACCAGACCCUGGCCUCAGACACCGACAGCAGCCUGGAGACCUCGGCGGGACCCUUGGGGUGCUGCAGGUGACUAGCCGCCUGCCUGCGCAACCCCGCCUUCUUCCGGCAUUAGAGAAAGGAAAAAGGGGAGAGCGUCUCUUAAACAAAACAAAACGAAAAAAGAAAAGAGGUGAAACAAUCAAUAUGAAACGACGAAGCCUGCGCAUUGUCAUGCUAGUAACAACAUUGGUAUUUAAAGUGAACAGAUAUAUCCUCUAGUUGCUUUGCUUAUACUCCUAUAUGGCGCCCCAAUGCUUUGGACUGGCUGCGAGACACACCGACACAACCCUUGACAAAAAUAGCGUUUAAAUCAAGGGCGCCCAAACCUUUUCCACAAUAAACCAGUUAAUAACCCUUUAAAAUCCGCUUAUCGAUUUUUGAUUCAUCCUGCCAACAAACUAACUAAUUGACAAACCCCGAAGAUAACAUCACCUGGAGGAGGUUAAAAAAAAAAGGAUGCCAAAAAAAGAUGCCAGUGUCAUUUCGACCUUAAAUCUACAUGCUAAGAAAUUAUUCACGGCUGUUUCUGGUUUAUUUCUAAAAUAUGACACAGGCCCAUAAAAAACAAGCUGAAUGUCUUACCUUGAUUAAAAUGCUCCAAUCUUUGUGUUAUUCGCAAUAUUUCAACUUUUACUCAUUACUUCCAACCUUUUUUUCAUAUAUGUACAUUUUUGCAGGCCCAUAAAAAACAAGCUGAGGGUCUCACUUUGAAACACCAUGAUCAAAACGCUCCAAUCUCUGCAUUGUUACCAAUAUUUCUACUUCUACUCAUCUUUUCCAACCUUUUUUGUAUAUAAUUAUUUGUAGAAUUUUCAUUUUACAAUGUUUUGCAGGCCUAUACAAAACAAGCUGAGGUCUGCAAAUGGCCUAACGCAAACCCUAACCCUGACCGCUGUAGUCUGUAUUUUUUAUUACCAUUUCAUAGUUUUCUCAUUUCGUUGAGCCUUGUUUCUUUCUUUUACCUUUUUCAUUGCGUUUUACUUUUUUCAUUGUGACGCAGGCCCAUAAAAAAACAAGUUAAUGGGCCGUAAACACGCGGUUCAAACUCUGCAGUCUUUGCAUUAUCAUUAACAUUAUUAACAUUUAAACAUUCUCUCAUUACCUUGUCAUUUUUCUAUAUAACGCAGGCCCAUAAAAAACAAGUUUUGUGCCUCACUUUGGACACCCCUGAUUUAAAUGCUCCAGUUAGUUUUGUCAAAAUUUUAACUUUACUUCUUGCCCUCUUUUAGGUUUUUUUUCUGUUAAAAUUUUCAUUUUAGAAUGAGUCGCAGGCCCAUAAAAACAAGAUAAUGGGCACACUUUUUAAACACUUGUUUCAAAGGCAGCAGUCCCUGUAUUAUCAUUAACAUGAUCAACAUUUAAACAUCUCUCACUACGUUGUAAUUGUCUUAUAAAACCUGCAGGCCCAUAAAAAAACAAGUUCCUUGCCGCACUUUGGACACCCCUGAUAUAAACGCUACAGUCUCUGUAUUAAUACAAAAAAAAAUAAUCAACUGUUUCUUUUUACUUCCUACCUUGUUUUUGGUAGGUUUCUUUUAUGUCAACAUUUUCAUUGUAGAAUGCUCCGCAGGCCCAUUAAGAAAACGAACGUCGUGCCACAAAUGGCCUCUUGGCGCGCAUUCUGGACCCCCCUGAUUUAAACUCUUUGUGGCAAGGUGCGCCGCUUUUAACUUUCUCCUUCCCGUGUGACUCCUCCCCUGUCACAUGACCUCUCUGCGGCAGUCGAGCCCCAAACCAACCUGAGUGUGUGUACGUGUGCACGUGUGUGUGUGUGUGUGUGUGCGUGUGUUUAAGCGCAGCUAUUGUAAAUAUGUACAGCUGAAAGACACGCAAAGCGGGACUAACGGCCAGUAUUGUUCGCUGGAAGCUUCUUAUUUUUCUGUCUUAUUUUUGUAGUAUUCUAGACAAUUAUUGCACCUUGGCCACCUGCGCUGCUCUCGCCAGUCGAUGCAUGAAGACUGACAUUUGGGAAGAGUCACUAUAUCCUAAACAUGUGUCGAUAUCAGCGAACACACAAUGACAGGUCUGAGCCGAGUCGGAGUUGAAAAAAUGCCUGCUUCCUGCGAAAUAUUGCCUUUUUUGGGCAUGGUCUCAUUUCAUCGAAAAUCUAAACGACACAGAGCUUGGUUUUAGGUUGAGGUGCGAGCAAACGGUGAGCAGGAAGUUUUAACCGCCAUGCAAAAGUCUUUGUCCACCACUGGCUUUGUUUUUGUGUCGUUAAUACUCUCCUUUGUGCAUUUUUCUAUGGUAACUUCGAAAAACAAAAGAGCGCUGCAGCUAUGAACCCAGCAGAGGGCGCUGUCGCAAACAUUUUCCAGCAGAACGAUGCUUUGACGAGCAUACUUGCCAACCCUUCCGAUUUUCCCGGGAGACUCCCGAAUUUCAGUGCCCCUCCCGAAAAUCUCCCGGGGCAACCAUUCUCCCGAAUUUCUCCCGAUUUCCACCCAGACAACAAUAUCAGGGGCGUGCCUUAAAGGCACUGCCUUUAGCGUCCUCUACUUUUCCUCCAUACAAACAGCGUCAGUCACAUAAUAUAUGCGGGUUUUACACACACACAAGUAAAUGCAAUGCAUACUUGAUCAACAGCCAUACAGGUCACACUGAGGGUGGCCGUAUAAACAACUUUAACACUGUUACAAAUAUGCGCCACACUGUGAACCCACACCAAACAAGAAUGACAAACACACUUCGGGAGAACAUCCGCAGCGUAACACAACAGAACAAAUACCCAGAACCCCUUGCAGCACUAACUCUUUCGGGACGCUACAAUAUACACUCCCCGCUACUCCCUACCCCGCUCACCUCAAACCCCCCCCAAUCUCCCGAAUUCGGAGGUCUCAAGGUUGGCAAGUAUGUUGACAAGACGUGCACCUUUCACAAGUACUACGCUGUGUACGUCCCUGAAGGCAUCAUGUGCAGCCCGUUGUAGUACUUCACAUGCGGCAGAUUUCUUUGACUUUAUCGUUGGAAAUGCAUCUGCUUUGAGUGUCGCAGGAUAUCCUCACAUUCUUGCCAUCUCUGUCGUAGCAUAGCUUUCGUCGGUAAAGUGUGCGGAACAAACGUCCAAUUUCUUGCCACUUUCGCAUCUUUGGGCUACUGGUGCAACUUGAAUCCGUCCCUGUUCGUGUUGUUACACCCUCCGACAACACACCGACGAGGCAUGAUGUCUCCAAGGUACGGAAAACCGUCGAAAAAACAGAAAAUAACAGAGCUGAUUUGACUCGGUGUUUGAGAAAAUGGCGGAUUGCUUCCCAAUGUGACGUCACAAUGUGACGUCAUUGCUCCGAGAGCGAAUAUUAGAAAGGCGUUUAAUUUGCCAAUUUUCACCCAUUUAGAGUUCGGAAAUUGGUUAAAAAAAUAUAUGGUCUUUUUUCUGCAACAUCAAGGUAUAUGUUGACGCUUACAUAGGUCUGGUGAUAAUGUUCCCCUUUAAAAACGUGAGAGCGUUCCUGUCAAAUAGAGGAUCUUUGACUCACAAUUUCCUCAGACAGUAAGCCCCAAUCAUAUACAGUAGGAAAGGGAUUCAUCACGGUUGACCUGACACAUGAAACGUGACGAAUUGAGUGGGUGCACUGUUUAAUUCAGCCGCCAGAUGGCAGUAGUGUUGAAUAUCUUAAAAUGUGUUUUGUGGCAAUUCCAAAGUUGACCACAGCGCCAGUUGCCAUGUCUAGUGGCACUUUCCAUCAUUUUCAGCAGACUGCAUUGCGAAAUGAUUAACCCCCCCUCCUCCUCUUACGCGAGGAUUUCAAUGUGAUGUUUUAGUUGACACGACAAACAAGCUAAUGGUGGCAAAGACUUUAGCACAGAUUUACGUCACGGUGGGAUGGCAAGUGCCUUCUGCUAGGUCGUCGUGUUUGAACCCGCACACGUCGCGUGGCUUCUUUUGCCUUAAAAGGACAAAUCGGAAUAGUUGACAAUUGUUCACCUCGUCGCAUGGCUUGACAAUUUAAACGUGUGUAUUUGAAACAGGCGAUAGUCUUAACGCAGAACGUCCAAAAUAUCUUCCCCACGAGCCCCUUUUCAAAAGAAAAACAAACAAACAUUUCACCAUGGUGUCAGUAUGGGAUUACCCACCUGCAGUACCCCGGAGGACCUACAGGGGGGAUGAAUAAAGCUCGGUGUUGCGUUCAGGGUCCGGUCAGGGCAAUGUUUUGUCUCUCUCUUCAAACAGGGUGCAACUUUGACUUCUGUUGACCAAUGUUGUCUCUGAGACUCUUCUUGUGACGCAAACACACGUGUUGCACUCUGAAGGACUUUUUCAACAACUUUCCUAAUGUAUCUUUUGGUCAUUAGAGCAAAUAUGGAUUUUUUUUUUUCAAUGUUGAUUCGUCAUUUUGUUUUGGGGCUUGGGGAGAGAGUCAUGAAAUAAAAUGGACUCCUCAUUUGUAAAUGUUUUAUUUAAUUCCAAGAAUGUGCCACAAAAGGCCAAUAAUUAUUUUAUCAAUUUGUUUACAUUGAAUUAUUUUGUUCAUGUUUGAUUAUUUUAAUUUAUUAAAAACAACAAUAAAUGUACAAGUAACAUCUACGCCAGGGGUGUCAAACGUACGGCCCCAUGGCCGGAUCAGGCCCGCGUACAGGUUUUAUCCGGCCCACGGGAUGAGUUUGCCAAGUAUAAAAAUUUGCUGAAAUUUUUGAAUGAAAGAAACUGCUGUUCCAAAUGUGUCCACUGGAUGUCACAAUAGCAAUUUUUUGUAUCGUUGUAGAUGAUGCUACAUAUGUACAAAAUAAACCAUAUGUUAGUACAUCAGUCGAGGAAAAUGAUCAAACUACAUAAAUAACAUCCUGAAUUUGAUUUUGAUAUAAUUUUUUAUCUUGAUACAUUGAAAAUUAACAACAAAAUCACAUAAUUUAUUCAGAAAAUAUAAAUAACGACAAAUAAAGAUAGAAUACUAUUAACCGCAACAUGUAAGUGUAAAAACCCCCCAACAACAUUAUGAUUUGUACAAUUUCAGAAUGUGCUUGUUCUAUUUUUAAACAAAGAAAACAAUCUGAAGUUGUCUUUGUUUUUAAGUUAUCGUGCCGUGAUUUUACCAGUCCGGCCCACUUGGGAGUAGAUUUUUCUCCAUGUGGCCCCUGAUCUAAAAUGAGUUUGACACCCCUGAUCUAGGCACUUAAAUUUAAUGUAUUAAAAAUAUUUUUUUCUUUGAAAUAUUUCAUUUUGUUGUAUAUAAAGUGUUGUUUUAAAGCCAGGGUAGGAAACCUUGUGUUGCUCACCAGAACAUUUGAUCCAUAGACCUCAUAUGAACAUAAAGCCCCCAAAACAUAAAAUAUUUAUAUUUUAUAUGAGUAUUUCAGCACAUUUUUAAUAUUUGUUAUCAACCAAAUAACAUAAUUAUUCACAUUAUUAUGGGCAUUUACCAGAGUCACACAUUUAACUUCUAAGUAUUUUUUUCUGUCCGGCCAUGUAAUUGGUCAAAUAUGUCAAAUAUUAGAUAUAUUAUUUUUAAAAAAUACAAAAUUUAACAUGAAACCUGCAAAAUGUAAAACAACUAACUAAUGUUCCCACCCUUGCUUUAAAACACAAACAGCUGUCGAGUGAAUGUAAAGAUGGAGCCAAUCAUUUCAACUUGAUUUGAAAUAAAGCAGCGAGUCAACACAACGUGUCCUGAAAUAAAACAAUUUGAUGUUUUUACUUUCAUGAUGAUCAUUUUUCAAGUGUUUCUUUGAGGAAGUGGACUCACGUUACUGUAAAUACCAACCAGCCAUCGAUGCAAUAAAGACACAUGGGAGGCCCGCUGAUGCGAGACACGACAAGGCCGCCCUUGCAUUGCUCGUCUCUUCUCCCACUUUCACUCAUUUUUCUUCUUCUUUUACUUUCUGCUGUUUCCAUGAUUCUUCGACUUUCCCGCUGAUCUCAAAAAGCUUCAGGCAAAAAUAAAGUCCGAAACCACUGCAAAUGAUUAAAACAUGACAAAAGAAAAGUAAAACAGGAGAGCUGUUACUCCAAACACAUUUUAAAGGAACUGUGUAUGUAAAAAAAAAAACACAAAAAAAAACAAUACAUGUAUGUGAUUGAAAAUAAACAAAAUCUUUGAUCUUGGA